UCAAAGUGAUUUUGCAAAUGUUGUGUUUGGUUUUGUAUUUGGGGUUUUGUAUUUUGUAAAAAAUAUAAAAGUUAGUUUAUCUUAAGAGCAAAAACUGCUUUGAAAUUGAUUUCUAUUCAUCAUAUUAAAUGAAUAUUUGUCCUGGAAUAACACUGUUCGUUAACAAAUCAGAAUCGAUUAAAGUUUAAUAACGCGUAUGUUUCUAGAGUGGGACUGAUGUAGAUAAGCAACAUGAGCAGCCAACACCAGUACAUGUCGGUGAACAACCCUUCCAGCUCAAGAGUUGGUGACAUUGAGCACAUCAGCCACCUCUCAGAGCACAUAGGGUCCCUGUGCCUCUCAUCAGAGUACUCCGAUGUGACCCUCAUAGUGGAGGGGCAGCGCAUUCCUGCGCACAAAGUGAUCCUUGCUGCCAGCAGCGACUACUUCAGGGCGCUGUUGUAUGGCGGCAUGCGAGAGGCUAAUCAGGCUGAAGUGGAGCUACAGGCGCCCUUGCAGGCUUUUAAAGCACUGCUGCGAUAUGUUUACUCUGGUCACAUGGGGCUGUCGCUGCUGCGCGAGGACACGGUGCUGGACAUGCUGGGGCUGGCGCACCAGUUCAACUUCCAGGAGCUGGAGGCCGCCAUCUCCGACUACCUGCGCCAGGUGCUCGCGCUGCGGAACGUGUGCGCCGUCCUCGACGCUGCUAGGUUGUACGGCCUAGAAGCGCUGAUGGACUACUGCUACAAGUUCCUGGACAGGAAUGCGGUGGAAGUACUGCAACAUGACACUUUUUUACAACUGUCAGUUGAAGCAUUACAAGGACUGUUGGAGCGGGACUCGUUCUUUGCUCCUGAAGUCGACAUCUUCAAAGCAGUGUGCAAUUGGUUUGAUGCCAACCAACAAUGGGUGAAGUCGGAUAGUGGUUCCGCCCAAGUUGGCAAGAUCUUCAAGUGCGUGCGCCUGACGCUGAUGAGCCUGGAGGAGCUGCUGACGGUGGUGCGGCCCUGCGCGCUGGUCACGCCCGACAUGCUGCUGGACGCCAUCCAGGAGAAGACGCAGACCAACAACACGGACCUGCCGCAUCGGGGGGUCUUGAUGCCCGAGAAGAACGUCGCGACGCCGCAGCGCGCCGCGCGCGUGGUCGCCGGCGACAUGCGCGCGGCGCUGCUGGACGGCGACACCGACACGUACGACAUGGAGCGCGGCUACACGCGCCACACCAUCACCGACGCGCCCGACAACCCCGGCAUCGUCGUGCGCCUCGGCGCCACCACCAUCAUCAACCACAUCCGGCUGCUGCUGUGGGACCGCGACAACAGGUCGUACGCGUACUACGUGGAGGUGUCGGUGGACCAGAAGGACUGGGUGCGGGUGGUGGACCACAGCGAGUACUUCUGCCGCUCGUGGCAGAACCUGUACUUCGCGCCGCGCGUCGUGCAGUACAUCAAGGUGGUCGGCACCAGCAAUACUAUCAACAAGGUGUUCCACGCGGUGUCGCUGGAGGCGUACCACACGGUGCGCGUGCCGCCGCUGCGCGACGGGCUGGUGUGCCCCACGCACAACGUGGCCACCGUCGACCUCUCCGCCGUCGUCAUCGAGGGCAUCAGUCGAUCGCGCAACGCGCUGCUGAACGGCGACACGGAGCACUACGACUGGGAGCAGGGCUACACGUGCCACCAGCUGGGCUCCGGCGCCAUCGUGGUGCAGCUGGCGCAGCCCUACAUGCUGUCGUCCCUGCGCAUGCUGCUGUGGGACUGCGACUACCGCCACUACUCGUACUACGUGGAGGUGUCGCUCAACUACUGGCACUGGGACAUGGUGGCCGACCGCACGCGCGACCCGUGCCGGUCAUGGCAAGUGAUCCACUUCAGCCCGCGACCAGUCUCCAUCAUCCGCAUCGUCGGCACCAACAACACUGUUAACGAAGUGUUCCACCUGGUGCACCUGGAGUGUCCGUCGCAAGUGGAGGAUGAGCCGAGUGAAGACCCUGCCGCCAAGAAACAACGCCCGUCGCGCGAGCGGGACGCACGCGAUGGCCGCGACGGACGCGACGCUCGCGACGGACGCGACGGACGCGAUGGUUGGCGCACUCCAUCCGAGCGUAACGGCAGCCCAGAUUCUAUGCCCGGCAACCCCGGGCCAGCGGCGGAGGCCGACUCCGCCCUAUCGCCGGAGACCGCUACUGAGGCGGAGGAGGGCUACGACGACUGAGUCUGGACGCGUGUCCAGGAGACUACGGCACUACGCACGUUCAGAGACUACGACACUACGCACAUGCAGUUCAUUUGACUUUGCCGAAUGUCCACCCAACAGACGGACAUGAGUAUUGCUGUUUAUUAUGACUUUUUUUCAUUCUGCACCAACUGAAAACUCAAUAGUUCCAAAGGUAAAGGUAACGUUCGGUUUUGGCGACCGUGACCUGUGACAGUGACUCGACCGCGACUCACUGCUUUGUUUGAAAUUAUACGAAGCGCUGCCAACAAUUUAAGCUACAAUGUCUUUUGAACAUUUUGUCUUUAUAAACCUCUACCUCUGUACCUAAAACGAAAAAUUAAAAUACAUACAUUUUUCUAUAUCUUAAGUAAUCUUUUACGUAUUCUUUUUAGUUUAAUUUAAAUUUAUAAAAGUGAAAGUUAAAUUACGAAAUAUCAAAAACAGCUUGACGUACAAACGUGAAAUUUAGCAGGGAGGUAGUUUAUAGUUGGUAGACGUCCGCUAAGAACGGAUUUUUCGACAAGGUUCGGAUUACCCUGACCUGUCACAAAAUGAGAUCUACGGGCGGACAAAAUCGCGGACGUCCGCUAGUAUCUUAUUUAACAUGAUAUUUCAAAAAGAUGGUCUCUUGCUUUUCACAUGGCGAUUUGUUGAUAGAGUUGAUACUUAUUUCUGGAGGCAUAGAUAAUGGCAGUACGUAUUAUGAACGUCAUAAGGCAACUGUCACUGUACCCAUGCUAUCUAAAAAACACUUUAGAUAAGUUGUCGACAUUUUGUGCUAAGUAAUAAUAAGAAUGAUACUUGUACCCAGACGAGUCCCUGUAGUCCUGUCACGGUCGCCGGUCGCUCUGGUCUCCAACAUCACAAUGGUUAUGAGGCCAUUAUUCACUCGUUGGACUAUUGUCGGAUCCAUGACAUUCCUAACACAGUAGUUAUGACUAAUUGGAAGGAAAGAGGUAUAUUAAUCACAUUUAGAAUAAAUGUGUAGUUACUAUUAUGUUUUCUUUUGCAACUUUACAACUGCAAACUUAAUAGUCGCGAACACGUUCAAUGCGACGACGUUUGUUGAGAUGCGGCUGCCGAUGGAUACGUCGAAUGGCGAAUUUGAGAUGUCACUGUAUUUGGUACGCUUCGUCAGCUAUUGUUAAGCAUGUUGCAACUACUACACUAGGUCUAACUCUAAGGUCGUAACUACUACACUACUGACACUAGGUCAUGCCCACAAUUUCGACUGCGUAAAUUGUACUAUUACCAUUAUAUUAUCAUGUUUGGCACAACCUUAAAAAGUUCCAGCUCAGCAUUGUGCUGCUUGUACCGAGCAAAUAAUGUUGUUCCAUGAAUCACUGUGCGCGUGUCCAUCACGUGGGGCAAAACUCCGAGCAGAUUGUAUCUAUAAUUUCUUCCUGCAACUGCAGUGGUGCAUGAAAUUGCAUUGACAAAUGCCUGCUGGAAUGGACGCACCUCGUGAUUGAAUGGACGUUAGACGCAAAUGUACAGUCAUUGCGUAUGUAUGUUGGAUUUUGCACUUUAUUCAUUAUUUAGUUUGUAAGUAGCAUAGUGUUUUCUAGUCUAUGCUUGUGCCUAUACACGUGAGCGCGAAGGGGUAACUAAACAACACCAGUGGAACAAAAAACUACAAAAAAUUAAUUAAUUAUGUCCUUUUCUAUCACCCUAAUAGCAGACAUUUCUUUUUAAAAUGUUAAUAUAUUAUUUAUCUCUGGCAUUGCUUUAGAACAUGUUUGCUGUAAAACCUCUCUCAAACAAAAAUUACAUCUCAGUUUUCUUUUAUGGUUUUCUAGCUCAGUUCAUUAUGGACCUUAAAAGAUUCAUUACGAGUGUGUUACCUUCAUAUUUCUAUUUUUAAUUUAUUGAAAUCUUUAAGGAUUUAUUCCCACAACUCAGUCUAAUUGACCAUCAGUGAAGUCAUGACAAUCCAUACAACCAUCAUUCUGGACAGUGAUCAGAACUUAUAACUUUCCAGAAUGAUGGUAUAUGUAAACCAUAGUAUAUUACUUAAAAGUAUUGGUAAUAUACACUAUGUAUGUACUUAAAAACGUAGGCUGUAUUCACAGCUGAAGUGAAUGGUGGCUGUUCGUGUUCAUCCAUAGGUACACGUAUAAUUGUAAUAACCAGUAACCAGUGCACAGUAAAAAAAAAGUGUUUUAUGUUGCACUAUGGUUAGGCUAAUUGCAAUAUGUAUUUUGUACAAUAAUAAAUAAAUAAAUAAAUGUAAUCUAGUGACUGAUGUAUGGGAAUGAACCUUAAAUAUUAUAGCCAAUAUAGAAUUAGUUAUUUGGUUAUGUUACUUGAAUAAAAUAAUGCAGAGAUAGAAAACUAUUUUUACUUUGUACUGCAAAGUUUGUAUAUAGAUUAUAAGAUUUUUGUAUAUUUGUCAGUUGAUUGUAUUAAGUCUAUAUAGGAAAAAAUUGUGUAACAUUAUGCUUAAUAACUUUAGCUUAUGUAUAAACAACAAUGCAUAGGUUUGUGCAACAUAGGGCACUUUCCAUUCCUUCAUGUUUUUUGAGUUAUUGUAAUUCACUAAAGUUAGGCUAUUCACAGAGUCUUUUGAUAAUAGUUAUUGAUUGCCACUGCCAUGUGCCAGUCAUUGACUCAAUAAUGCAAAAUAUUAUUUUUAUAUUAAUUAGGUUUUGUGUGUAUAGUUCAGCAUUUUAAAAUCCUGUUUUCUAUGAUGCUAGACUUGUAACACCAAGUUGUAGUUUAUAGUACCAUCAUAUCAUAUGAUAGAGCAAAAGACCUCACUAGAUAGCAUUGUAGUGUAGUAUAUAUUUUUUUUGCAUCUUUCUAGAAAACACAUUAAGGUUUACGUAAAGGACCCCUACCUUAUCUAAAUAUAAAAUGUAAUCCAAAUAGUGUCUCAUUUCCAAGGUACACAGAAUACAUAUUAUUUUAAUUGUUAGUUUAAAGAUAAUAGAGAUUAUUGAAGCUUGAAUAGCAUAAACUAUUUACUUAUUUUUAUAACAAGAUGCUCAUGCAGUGGACUUCUUGUGACACACUUCUUGGAUUAGUGUGGCUAUUUUUAAUAUUUUCUAAAUGUUGGUUCCAAAAAUAGGUGUUUAAUAGUAACAACUUUCCAACUCUUUGCUGGCUUGGAAUGUUAUUGUUUCUUUGGUCUUAGUGAUGAUGUUUAUCCGGUUGUUAUUACCAACCAAACCAACUAGGAACCAAAUUACGAUUUUGGGAUUAAUUGAACUACCAAACUUGUUUAUUAGAUUGACACACUUAAACUGCAUUGCUACUUAUAUUGUGAGAUUAUACUCAACUCUACUUGUCAGAUAAGAGCCUAGCAAUUAAAUAAUUGGCAAGAAUGUACUGUGAUAAGUUUGUAUGAGCUGCUAAAGUUGAAAUAUGUUAUUAGUGUAAACAUUGUAAUUGUAUUUUGGUUAUUCUUAGGCUAUUAAGCUUUUACUUUAAUAAAAAUAGGUUGUCCAAA